GAGCAAGAUUAAACCUAAAACCUAAUAUUCAAUUCCCUUCCUCCCUCUUCCUCCCUCUCUGCCGUCCCACUCUCUUCUCCUUCUCUACACUCGGCUGCACAGCAGCAGCCUUUUCCCCUUCCCUUCUUCUUUUCCUUGUCCCCAAAUCAAUCCCUCUCCCUCCCUCAUUUUCAGUGACACUCAGAUCAAUCCGUUGAUCCCUCCUAAUCCCAAUCCCUAGAUAGAACCCAAUUUCCCGGACUCUAUCAUUUGCGGCCAUUCAAACUACUCAAUUUAAAAGCUUUCUACAGCCACAGGAAAACAACAUAUCCCAUAUUAUGUUCUAAGAAGGAAAGGUCUUAAAGGAAGGCGAAAGGUUACUACUCACUAGCUGUUGGGGAGUGAAGAUCCACUUGGCACGGUGAGUCGAGGUCUGGAAAUCCGCCAUGGCAGGAAACUCGGAAUCACGCGGGAGGAAAGAGAACUCGGAACGCCUUCUUCACCGCGCUUUACCGGAGAAUAGGGUGUUUAGAGGAUCCCAAAUUUCCUCCCUCGCCGGCGGAUUCCCUAAAAAGAAAGAUUGGUGCUACUCCGACGGAGAAUGAUCGAAGAACCGGUGAAGGUUACGGCGGGAAUUUGGGUUUAAGAAGUAAGAACUAAGACUGAUUCUUGAAGGCCCAUUAUGGACUAGUCCUUCUAAGAACAUUGGUUAGGGCCUCGCGUCAGGCCCAACUCGCUUAAAGCAGGAAAGAGAACUCCAAAGAAAAGCCCCCAUCACUUUCUUGGUGGACGAAAAUAAAACGUGACAGUGGGUGGACGAACAAUCACCGACACAUAGAACGUCGUCGUACAGAUGAAUCCGGCGUCGUUGUUUAUCAAGAAGAAAAGCCGGAAAUAUUCACAAAAAAAGGAAAAGAAGAAAGCCGAAAAGUUGAAAAUAUCAUCGAUCUAUCAAGAAAAGGGAAGGGAAGGGAAGGAAGCUGCAAAAUUUCCACAAUCGGAGCUCCGAUGGAUCACUACAAGGUGCUGGGCGUUCAUCGGAGUGCGACGAAAUCGGAGAUUAAGGAAGCCUUUCGGCGGCUAGCCGUCCAAUUCCACCCGGACAAACAUUCCCAAUCCUCCGGCCAAGUGAGGGACAGCGCAGCUCUCCGCUUCAAGCAGAUCUCUGAGUCUUACCAAAUCCUCAUCGACGAUCGGAAGCGCGCCGAUUACAACGUCCGCCGCUCCACCGCCCAACCCCGCGGCGGCGGAGGAGGAGGAGGAUAUGCCGGCAGCAACUACCACUACAACAACCGUUCAUCGUCUUCUUCGUACGACGGCGGUGCGCGGGGACGGAACAGCAGUGGAGUGUCGAUGCUGGAGGUCGCGAUCCGUUUCAUGACGACAAGGGCGUUCCUCCUGAACAUGGCGUUCGCCGGGUGCCUGUUGGGCGGCGCGAAAAUGAUCGACGGCGGCGGCGAGAGGAUGUGGAAGCGGUGGAAUUCAGGGAAAUCGUUCGAGGAAGCAAUGGAUUCGGUCGAGAAGGCCAAAUCGCGGCAGCGGCGAGGGCUUGAAGACGGCGAUUGAAUUGGGGGAAGGGAACUUAAUUGAGUUUAUUUAUUCGCACAUUUAGGAUUCGUUUGGAAAUUGCUAUUGUUUAAUAGAUGUACGGUUGAGAAUGCAUGUAUAAUAUUAUACAUGUAUUGUCAAAUUUGAUGCAUUGUAGAAUACAACGUUUGAUAUGUG